AACGUUUUUCCCUCAAUGAAUAUUACUGCGAGUUCAAUCUUAAAUGGCUAGUAUACUUCGGAAUAUGGAAUCAACAUGAUGGCAACAGCAGGGAGUGGUUAUAUUACAGCUUCUACUCCAUUGUCAGUAUAUUUGUUAUAUUUAUUGUGAGAACGAUAGGAUUUGUCCAUCGAGUUUGGCUGACGAAGGAAGACUUUAUGAUGUGCACCAUGUCUUCAUCUUUUGCUGCUGGAUAUCUCUGCACAGUCCUGAAGAAUAUCAAUCUCAUCAUGAGACAAUCAGACAUACUCUUCGUCCUGAAGAAAUUCAAUUGGGAAAGAAGUGUUUCGUGCACCCGAGAUAUCGUGGAGAGCGGAUGGUCCGUCGAUUCUUUACCGAUCAGCAACACACCCCUCAGGACAAUCGCAAAGGCCCACAACUUCUGGAUCGUCUGUGCUCUCGAUUUUAUUACGUGGUCGAUUUUUACUUACACUGUUCUAGCGCACGACAGUUUCUUUGCGAGUCUGAUGCUCCAGACCUCAACACAAUUGGAUAUUCUCAACCACAAAUUAAAAAACUGCACAAAUUUCGAGAUGAGCACUCAAAACGAGACUCCAGAAGUUGAUGUAAUUCAUUUCGACUGCAUCGAGAUCAAUCCAAAGAUCAAGAAUUUGAAUCCUAAUGAAGAAUUGAUCAAGUGCAUUCAACAUUAUCAGCGAAUAUUCCAGAUCGUGAAAACCCUGCAAAGCAUUUUCGGGUGUAUUCUCUUACCCCAGCUCAUUUCAAGUUUAGCAAUGAUGUCUUUAAUUGGAUUUCACGUGUUUGUGAUAAAAACGAUAGACCUGAACAGGCCCUCAAAGGCAAUCUUCUUCAGCGUAUUUUUUGGAAGUAUCUUCUACCAAUUAUUCGCUUUCUGCUGGAGUGGAGGGCACAUAAUAGAGGAGAGUGAUAAGACUAGUGUAGCUCUCUACUCAUCUUGCUGGUACCAAGGGAAUCGUUCGUUUCGGGUGAAUGUCAUGGUGUUCGCAUCACUCGUGCAGAGGCCCAUGGUGAUGAGUGCUGUUGGUCUCUUUGAUCUUUCUAUUGUCAUGUACAAAAAUAUAAUGAUGAAGUCAUACUCAGCAAUCACAAUACUUAAAAACGCUUAUAACUAAAUCAGGGGAUUCCCUUGACGAAUGUGUCUUAAGCAAUCACCAGGAAACCGAGUUGCUGAACCUGAUAUUCCGUCUCAGAAUGUGACUGCAUGAUUAUCGGGAUAAUCUUGCCACAAUAUC